CCACUGAGCUAUCCCUCCCCCCAAUCCAUUUCAAAAUGAACCUUAGUACAGUGCAAAUAUUUGUAUGUUACCCACUGUACAGAUCCAGCAGACAGUUCUCAAGCUGAGUUCUGACCAAGCGCUUGUAAGUCCCAAGGCAGCCCUUAGCAUGAAUACGACUCUGAGUCCUGGAGGAUGAUAGAAUUGUAGUGAAUAGACUGGAAAUCCUAAAAGUGCUUCCUUUGUAGGCACGCAGCCCUCAAAGUCCAACACCUCUGGACCAUGCUGGGCCCGUGUUGUCGCCUUUCCCACUGGGGAGUGCUCAUGUGAAAUCAGGCGGCUCUGUGAAUCUCUUCGCUCUCCCUCUUGCAUCCUCAUCUUGCUCUUUUCUGCCUGUCUGGUAGAUUGCCGGCUCCUUGGGCAGAACUGUGUCUUGUGAAGGGCUUGGCUAAAUACGUGGACUCGGCGUUACCAGUAGAGAGAUGCAGAUACCGGGGUGACUUGGUCCCACAUAGGCAGGGGUAUAAACUAUAGCAGUCAAAGGCACCGUUACCUGGUAUAACUGUUUCACUGGGUGGGGAGGGAUUUUUUUGAUCAGAAAUAGUUAAAACCAGGCUAGAAUUGUCUGUGAAGCUCCAGGCAACCUGUGACGCUCUAGGAAAAAAUAACCCCGCGCCGUUGGUUGGCUGCAGACGCCUCCCACACUUCUGCGGUAGCGUGUGUUCCUGUGUCCCAGACGGGACAUGUGAUGGGCCAAGCCGCUCCGCUCGCUGCUGGCAUCAGCGUUCCGGGAAGCAGCCGCACUGCGCUUUAUUCCCGCGCAGGGUUGCUGAGGAAGGGCCGAGGCUCUGGAAUCGCGCACGCUUCGUCUGAGCCUGGCAUUGCAGUGAAGGCACGGAGGGCGCAGCCUGCUCGCCGGUGGUGUGGUCGCGCUGCCGUAGGCAGUCGUGGCAGGCGGCCGACGCUGUACAGCCCAGACGGUUGCUGUCCUGGGCAGCACGGAAAGUGCUGCCACGUGCUGUGUGUGGUGGUGCUGCUGCUCCCAGUCAGAUCCCUGGUGAGACUGUACCUCUACGGCCUGACGCUGCUGCUGCUCUUCGUGGGGCACCAGACGGCCAGGGACUACAUGCGCCAUGAGAUGGAGGAUGAGUUCCAGGGGGCUGUGUACCAGGACCCUGUGGUGCUCAGACGCUUUGUGACCGCCCUGACAGGCCAGAUCUUUGUGAGCGUGCUCUGCGCUCUCCUGAUGAAGACCAGGCAGGUGUGGCUGUUCUGUGCCCCGCUGCUCCCGCUGCUGGCCCGGCUCUGCGGCCUCCCCCUCCAGGCGCUUCCCGUGGUCAACACCUUCGCCGCCUCCGUCACGGUGGUGGAGGUGCUGUACGUGGCCGCCUCCCACCUGCUGGUUCCCUUCCACCUGGCCGCUGCGGCGUGCAGGGAGGUGGCUCAGGGACUGGAGAUGUACCGGCUGGUGGCGCUGGGCAUGUCUCUCUGGAGCCAGCUGGCCGUCCCGGUGCUCUUCCUUGUCUUCUGGCUGGUGCUCUUCACCCUCCAGAUCUACUCUUUCCUGGCCUCUUCCAACAGCCUCCUCGCCCAGCAGGGGCUGCUCUUCAUCUUCCUCAGCAGCGUGGCGGAGUGCUGCGGCACGCCCUACUCCCUCCUCGGCCUGACCUUCACCGUCUCCUACCUCGCCCUGGCCGUGCUCAACCUCUGCAAGUUCUACCUGCUGGGCUACGACGCCUUCCAGAACGGCAACGUCAUGCACAGGGGUGUGACGGAGGGCGUGACGCUGCUGCUGCUGGCUCUCCAGACGGGGCUGCUGGACCUGCAGAUCCUGCAGAGAACCUUCCUCCUCAGCAUCAUCCUCUUCAUCGUGGUGACGUCGACCCUGCAGUCCAUGAUCGAGAUAGCCGACCCCAUCGUGCUGGCGCUGGGGGCUUCGCAGAACAGGAGCCCUUGGAAGCACUUCCGCAGCCUCAGCCUCUGCCUGUUCCUGCUGGUUUUCCCCUGCUUCAUGGCGUACAAGAUCGCUCGCUUCUUCCACAUGGACUUCUGGCUGCUGAUCCUGGUCUCCAGCUGCAUGCUCACCUCCCUGCAGGUGAUGGGCACCCUCUUCGUCUACGCGCUCUUCAUGAUCGAGCUGCUCCAGGAUGCGCCCCUGGAGAAGACGGACGAGAUCAUUUACUACGUCAACGCGGUGAGCCGGGUGCUGGAGUUCCUGGUGGCCGUCUGUGUGGUGGCCUACGGCACCUGGGAGUCCAUCUUCGGCGAGUGGAGCUGGAUGGGCGCCUCCGUCAUCAUCAUCCACUCCUACUUCAACGUGUGGCUGCGGGCCCAGUCGGGCUGGAAGAGCUUCCUGCUCCGCAGGGAGGCCGCCAAGAAGAUCAACUCGCUGCCCAGGGCCACCAGGGGGCAGCUGCGGGACCUCAACGACGUGUGCGCCAUCUGCUUCCAGGAGAUGAACGUGGCCGUGAUCACCGACUGUGGCCACUUCUUCCACACGGGCUGCCUCCGCAAGUGGCUGUACGUGCAGGACACCUGCCCCAUGUGCCACCAGCCGGUGAAGCCCUCGGCCACCGAGGGGCCGCAGGCAAUCGGGGGAGAGCAGGCGGAGCCAGAGCCCAUCCCAGAGGAGGGGCCGCCUGAGGAUGCAGCUGCCGAGGCUGCGGGAAGGGCAAGGACCCCAGGCCCCAGCAGGGCCGCUGAGGGCGGGGAGCCCAGCUGGCAGGAGCAGGAGAACCCAGCACUGGCAGAGCCCAGCAGGGCCGCUGAGGGCGGGGAGCCCAGCUGGCAGCAGCAGGAGAACCCAGCACUGGCAGAGCUCGGCAGGGCCGCUGAGGGCGGGGAGCCCAGCUGGCAGCAGCAGGAGAACCCAGCACUGGCAGAGCUCGGCAGGGCCGCUGAGGGCGGGGAGCCCAGCUGGCAGGAGCAGGAGAACCCAGCACUGGCAGAGCUCGGCAGGGCCGCUGAGGGCGGGGAGCCCAGCUGGCAGGAGCAGGAGAACCCAGCACUGGCAGAGCUCGGCAGGGCCGGGCUGCUCCCAGAAGCUGUGCGCAGCAGAGAGGACCCAGCUGGGAGCAGGACUCCCCCGCCAGUGUCUCGGGGCUGCACUCCAUAGCUGCGUGCCAGUCCGGGGCACACAGCCCUGCUGGGAACCCUGCCCCCUCAGGAACCAGGAGCAGGCUCCUUGGGGAGCCCCAGCACGGCGCCCAGGUGGAAGCAUGGAGUGGGGCGGAGAACGUGGAAUGGGGCAGGAGCCGGGGCCGGCACGGGCUCCGACGGCAGUCACUGCCCCUGUUAGUGUUCAGCCUGCCGCGCCGGCCCCCCACCCCCAGCGCCUGGGCUGGGGCAUCCCUGCCACCCAAGUGCUCAGCGAGUCGGGGCCAGCAGAGGCGGUGUGACGGCUGCUGCCAGGCUGGGAAGUGUAAGUGCCCGUGCGCUGCCCUGGAACACGCCCACUUAGCCCCAUGGGACGGGCCUGAGUCUGCAGACCUGCUUCAGCUCCGGAGUCCCCAGUGCAGUGCCCACCCCUUGCGCAGCGCUGGGGGGAGGCAGCAGGGCCCAGCCCACCCCUGCUCCGGCUGCACGGAAACAACCGGGAGGCACUUGGCUGGCUCGUGCUCCAUUACGAACGGGCACCACCGGGCUGCACUGCCCACGGUUACAGAAAGGGGGUGUUGGCGCUGGCUCCCUAGUCACUCGGCGGCUGCUGCUCAGCUGGGUGCCAGAUCUGUGUGGGCUCUGCCCCAGCGCCGGGGCUCUCAGCCAGAAGGCAGCUGGGCACACCCGCCCUUCCCUUCCCCCUGCCGAAGUGGGAGAGGCGGAGACGCACUGGCCUGAUGGCUCUGGGGUGACUGGGGCGUCCUGCAGCUGCAUGGGACCAUGUGCAGGAAGGGGGAGGGAACCCAUCUGGGCAGGCCCUGUGCUGUGCUCUCCAGGCCGGGCCUGUCUGCUCGGGCAGGGCCGGAGGGGCCUGCUGCACCACCGGUAUCACAAGGCUCCUGGGGGGACCUCGGCACAUCCCAGGACUGGACCCUGGGCAGGGCAAAGUGCCCGUUCCCUCUGCUGGUUCAGCCUGCAGCACCCCGCAGAGCCUCUCCCUGUACCAGGCCAGUUCUGCUCUGAGAGGAGUUCGCCCUGGCGGGAGGGGCCAGGCUGCUGCUGUGACACAAGGACGCGCAGCUAUGCACUCACAGCAGCCGUGGCUCACCCCAGAGGUGGCUGCAUACCAGUGGUAGGCAAAGCAAGGCCAGGCCGGGAAGUCUUCCCCCAUUCUGUACUCUGCCCUCUGUGAAGUAUUUAUCCACCACAGGUCCCAUGCGAGGCCCCAAGGGAAUGUGACGAAACUUGAACAGAAACCCCUUUUCGUUUUUAAAGCCUCAGGGAUUAGUAAUUCCAAGGAAGCUGUGGCUUCUCCCGGAGACAGACGGGCCUUCGCACAGCUAGGUGGGGCGGGUCUGCGCAGCGUGUCGGAUCCGUUUGGAGCGAGGUGUUCGAUCACCGUCAGCUCUCUCUUCCCUUUGGAAGGGACCCAUCCAGCCUUAUUCGUGGUACCUUUGGCCGAUCAAAGCGCCUGGAAUUUGCAGAUUCCCAUUAAAGCUGUUGUGCUGCGUGGGCCGUUUGCACUCGGACCGGCGACCAGCACAGGGUGACUAUGAAAGUGCCAUUAAAAACACAGGGAACGUU